AUGCAAAGCGUUGCAUCAAUUUGGCAGCCGCUUGCGCGCUGGCCCUUGCUGCUCUUUGCCGCUCCCUUCCGCUCAUCCUCGUCGUCUCCCUCUUCCCCGCCCCAUUCGCGUGUGCAGCUCGGCGUGUGUGUGACGGUUCUGAAGCAGCAGUGCCGCGAGCAUGGCGUCGCCCGAUGGCCGUUCCGCAAGAUCCGCAAGCUCGAUCACAUGCUGUGCGCGCUCGAGGGGGCCGUCAACCGCCCGGGGGCGGCGAGCAGCAGCCAGCCCGCGCUCACGGCGCAGCAGGCGCACACGAACCACCAGCGGAAGCGCAAGAUUGGCGCGGUGAAGGAGACGCUGUCGGGGCUCUUGACGGAUCCCAACUCCGCGGCGCACAUGCGCCUCGGCAAGAUUAAGUACAAGCGCUUCCGGCCUGGCUCCAACGCCGAGGCGCGCAAUGCCGCUGGCGCUGGCACUUUCCAUAUGCCGGACUUUGACAUGAACGAGCCGCCUUGCAGCGAGGUCGAAUUCGACAGUUCCGCCGAUUUAACCCGUUGCGCGGAUGCCGUUGCUUGUGCGCGCGACAUUGCGUGCUCGGACGGCAUUGCUUGCGCGGGCAACGAAGCACGCGCGGACGACGUUGCUCGCGCGGACGGUAUUGCGGCCGACUCGUCCUGUUUCACGACGCCUCUCCCCACGCCGCUGCCCACGCCGCUUUCCACGCCCACGUCCUCUCGUCGCCCGCCGCCCGCGCUUCCCCCUUUGUCCCUCGAGCCGUGCAGCGCGCUGGCAUGCGCGCGCGCACUUCCCCGCUCCUUACUCUCCCCUAUUGCCUCCGCUGGAAACGCGAAUCCAUUCACCUCGCCGCUGCACCUGCCAUCACUCCCAUCCCUUCCACUCGCGUCGCCGCUCUGCCUGGACGACGAUGUACCAGCUGCGUGA